AUGCAAUCAUCAACGAAUACAGCGGCCAUGAUUGAGCCUGGAAGCAUCAUUCUCAGCGAAAUUGCUUCUCUCAUUGAUUCGUUUUGCAAUCCCGAUAUUCCAUCAUCGAAAAAAGAAGGAGCAAAAAGGCUUCUCAUUGAUCAUGUACAAGGCGGAAGACUCUCCAUCAAUGAUGGAAUUAAAUUAUUAGGCGAAUAUUUAAAUCAUGCAACCGAUGAAAAGAUUAGAGGCUCAGCCUAUGCAGUCUUACAUUUAAUUUUGGAAAACGUUCCCGAUCAAAGCAUGGACGAUGAUCAGCAAACAAAAUUAGUAACAACACUUUUGAGGUUUAUAACCGAUCGAUUGUAUGACUUUGAUUGUUUGGCAACACUGGUACCUUGCUUAUUUGUGUGUUUCAAUCGAUGGUUUAGCCUCAUAUCGACCGAGCAAUGCACACACAUUGUUCUUCAAUUUUUCGAGAAUGUUAAUGUUCAAUCCAUGGCAAGUACAUCAGGUGUACAGAGCGCAACAAAAACACGAGGCAUGUGUUUUGAAUGGUUCAAUCUGCUGAUUGACAAAUUUCCAUCCAUUGUCAAGUCUGUGAAUUUUUUGAAUGGUUUUAUUCAAUCGAUUGAAGGAGAACGAGAUCCUGCAAAUCUCAUGACUUGUUUUGAUAUGGUUCCUCGAAUUAUUGAACUAUUCGACAUUCAUUCUGAGAACACUGAAAAAAUUUUGACAGGCAUUUCUGAUGAUUUAUUUGAUGUCACCAGUUGUUAUUUCCCAAUUACAUACACUCCUCCUCCAAAUGAUACAAGAGGUAUCACUAAAAACGAUAUUUCAAACAAGCUUUUGAAAUGCUUUGCAUGCAACAAGUACUUUGCUCCAAGCCUAUUUCCAUUUCUUUUAGAGAAGCUUUCAAGUGAUCUAAUUGAAACCAAACUUGAAGCAUUAGAAUACAUGUGCUAUUGUAUUGAAAGAUAUGGAUCUUCAGUGGUAGAGGAGUAUUUGACUGAAAUUUGGGCAUAUAUUAAGGCGGAGGCUGUGAAAACCAGUUCCAUGGAAGUCAUGAGAAAGUGCUAUGAAUUCAUAACGAGAACAACACGAGUGGUUGUCAUUCCAAACGAUCCUAGUAUUAGACAAUUUGAUGUACCAAAUAUUGAAGCUAUUGUGAGAACUGCCCUCGCUGAGUUACGUUCCAAAGAGUGCAAAUUGGCUGCACAAUAUGCUCGAAUGCUCUAUGCCUGUGGAGUUGCUUCCAGAGAAAUUUCUGUAAUUGUUUUCAAUAGAGUUUUUCCAGAGCUUAUUACCGUUCUUAGCGAAUCAGAGAAUUACGAUAAAAUCUAUGGAACAUUUAUCAUGAUGACGCAAGUAUUGCAAGCGUUGGCAGAGGCAUUCACUGCGUCACACUUGAAUAGCAUUCCACAAAAUAUUAUUCAACAGAUCGGACAAGCACAGACAUUAUUUAUUUCCAUGUACGAAGAGCAAUUCAACAAAGAUGACAAGGAAAUGAUUCUUGUCAUUAUCGAAUUAAUCUCAAGAUUUGCCGUUUUCAGAAUUGAGUCCACACUUUUGAAAGACGUCUAUGUGAACAGAAUUUUAUUGAAAUCAUAUGGAGAGGACAACAAAUCGUUUACACUCUUACAUGCUACAUCUUUAGAUGAAUACAAGGAUCGUUCCAUUAAGGAUAUUUCUUGGAUCUACAAAUAUGCACCAGACAUUAUUCAAAAAGAUGUAAUCAUUCCACUCAUUCAAGUGCUGUACGAGUGUCAAAACCGCUCAGAAAUUAUCCACCGAAUUUUAUCUGUCAUUUCACAAAUAGGCACUGUUUGUUCAACUCUAACACCAUUUAUUACUGAACAAUUAUUUGAGAGAAUUUCCUUCAAUUUAACACAGUCGAAUGAGAAUAGGGAAAUCGAGAAAACGAAAAUAUUUGAGACCAUCAGUGGAUUAGACCUUACCACUAUUGAAGACUCUCAGAAAAUGAAGUAUAUUAGAAAAAUGAUUGAGCUUGCCGAAAUGGAGGAGGACGUUGUUGGCAACAACAAAUACAACAACCAUAACAAUAAUGAAAUGAUGACCGACGAAGAUCCAGUGGAAGCAGAAAUAGAGGAUUCAUUUGGAUCAUCACAGUGUGGAACUGGAUGUGGGCACAAUCAUUCACACGACCAUCGAGGAGAAAUGUCACAUAUAUGCCUCUUACUAAAUCGCUCACUGCCAUUCGAGAAACAACAACAAGUAUUAGAUGAGUUACUACAGCGAAAUAUUGGUGUUCGACUUUCUGGUCCUUCCAUUAAGAAGUUUGCAUCUGUUUUUUCAGCUCUAAUUGUUUCAUGCAAUCCGCAAGUGAACAUGACAAGUAUUGUAGAAAUGUCUGGAAAUUUAUUGAGUUUGUCCUUGCAAAAUUUACAUCCAAUUAGUGUCACCAGUUCCCUCUCCCAAGCUAUUGCCUCUCUUCUUAACAAAAUUCCUAUCGAAUCGGACGAGUUUAAAUAUCUGACUUCCCUUUGUAACACUCUCGUUUUGGAACCUCUUUCUCAAGUGUUGAAUGGAGUUGCUACUGACACAGAUCAUAUUUUAUCAUUGGACCGAUAUUUAGAAGUCUUGUCUUGGAUUUUGAAAGGACUUGUCAUGAGAGGCGCCUACUUGUAUGCAGAUGCAUAUUCCAAUAUUUUGUGUUCGUGCCUCGUCUUUGACUUUCCUCAACAACAUCAUUCAUCAAAACUCAACAAGAAAGCUGCUGAUUGUUUUUUGACAGCCAUUGGAGAAGAUGAAAAUUCACUCCAUAAGGAUAAUCACGCUCUUGUGCAAGUUCUAUACAAGCAACGAUUCUUUGCAAUGAAUGUCAGAAAAUUAAUGGACUCCAUAACUACUACUAGUCAUCAACCACAUAUUGUUGGAUCCAUUUUGUUGGCCCUUUCAAAUUUGAUUCACAAUGUUCCAACUAGUGUGAUUUUGAGUGAAGUGAAAAAUAUUUUCCCAAUAGUUCUGAAAUUCUUAGAAAUGCGUCCUUCCUUGGCACAAGAUGAAGCUCAAACCGAGGAAUUAAUUUACGCUGCCAUUAAGACAACAUUAACCUUGUUGACAGAUGCAAAACAGGAAAUGGCUGUACAUUUGAGUGCCAUUGUGCCAAUACUUUUGGAAACUGCGAAGUAUCAACGGUCACAAAAUAUUCGAGUGCUGUCGUUGGAGGCGCUUCAUGAAAUUACUAUUGGGUUUCCUUAUCAUGAAAUAUUUCCACUUAAGAAGGAGAUUAUUAGAGGUUUAGAGUCUUGUUUGGAUGACAAGAAGAGACGAGUGAGAAGAGCUGCAGUGAAAUGUAGGAAUGCUUAUUUUGUCAUGUCAAAGAAUUGA